AUGAAAAAACUCAAACAAGUGAUACGCAAAAAAGUCAAUCUCUUUAAAGACCAAGAGAUCUCUGAGUCUGCUUGUCUGCUCAGGAACGAUGCAAAUCCAACAAUGGCUUUGGAUCAACAACAACGAAUAUUAUUUCACGAAAUGAUCGUGCAGAAUCCGAACAACCACAACUCGACUCAGGAAUCCGAUCAUCAUCACGGUCUUGACCAAAUUAGAAAUGUACCAACCACUUCACUUCAUUCAAAAAUGUUCUUUCAAGAUUUGACUCAACCUGAUUGUGCAUCGCUUUCUUUAAAGGUGGAUAUCACAAAGUCUGGAAAAACAAUGAUGGGGUCAAUCAAACAAGUCAUGACACGCCCUAAUGAUCGCACACUCUACGCAAUUACAGAUUGUGGCCAUUUAUAUGAAGCUCAAUUUUCAGAAAAAGAAGCAAAAUUUGAAAUUAUAGCUCCUUUUGAUGGAUCGACUUCUUUGAAGGCUAUACAACUUGCGUGUUACACUGAAGCAAUGUUAUUGAUUGUAUACGAUUCAAUCAAAGGUCAAUAUUAUAUAUACGGCAUUGGAAACAAUGGCUACUUUCGAAUGUCACAUUUUUUAGGUUCAGGAUAUGUGUGCAAUAGUUUUGAAUUAAUGUUUGAUCCUUAUCAUCAGUUACAUUCGAAACCUAAAAGCCCUCCCAAGAUCAAUCAUGUCGGUUGCUGCUAUUCAUUUAGUAUAUGCGUAAUCAAUGGCCAUGAUGUUCAUAUUACUGGUCAAAAUUGGAUGAAUACCUCACAGGUCAAUCUGAUAUCUGGAUAUCACUGUUGGCGAAAUGUUGCCCAGAGUUUUAAAAAAAAGAUUGUGAAAAUGGAAUAUGGAGAUUUUCAUGUUGUGCUGUUACAUGAAGAUUGCUCUGUUUCGGUGGGUGGAUCUAAUUCCUCUGGUCAGUUGGCUAAUGCGGGUGUUGAAGCACCAUUCACGACUUUGAAUUUGCAUGAAUUUGCUUUUAACAAUAUUUUCAGCGGCAGCAACUCGGUGUUAUGGGUGAAGAAUGUAACGAACACUUCCAAGGCAAUUUAUUUGACAGGGUCCUGUAACGAACAAUUAACAUCAAAUUUAGUUUUGGAACAGGUCAAAUCCAUGAGGAAAGUACGAGCAAUUCACCACAAACAUAUACAAUUUACUGACAAUAUGUCAGACGUAUUCGAUGUGCAAUAUACAAGAGACUUUAUGUUGCUACGACACUUGGAAUUUCCAUACUUGCUCUUUGUAAUUGGAUCAACCUAUUAUGGAGGGCAAACCUACAAUGCUCAAUGCGUUGAUUUGAGAUGUAUCAUACCUUUUGAAAAUUACUCGAGAGGAGGAAUUAGUGAUAAUUUUUACAGAGAUGUCGUGCAAGUUAGAAUUGUCAACAUUGGUUAUGUCGUAUAUUGUGAUUUUACCGCAUACUACAACCAGAAAAUGGUGACCCGUCUCUUCAAAAGCACUGAUUACUCAGAACCAAAUAAUCAUCUCUUACUUGAUAUUUCAGUUGCGUGUAAACAUUAA